AUGGCUCAGUUUCCAACACCUUUUGGAGGCAACCUGGAUAUCUGGGCUAUUACUGUGGAGGAGAGAGCUAAACAUGAUCAACAGUUCCAUAGUCUGAAACCAACGUCUGGAUUUAUCACUGGUGAUCAAGCUAGAAACUUUUUUUUUCAGUCUGGGUUACCUCAACCAGUGUUAGCACAGAUAUGGGCUCUAGCUGACAUGAACAAUGAUGGGAGGAUGGAUCAGCUGGAGUUUUCAAUAGCUAUGAAACUUAUCAAAUUAAAACUACAAGGUUAUCAACUCCCAUCUGCACUGCCUCCCGUCAUGAAGCAGCCACCUAUUGCUCUGCCUACGGCACCAGGAUUUGGUAUUGGGGGCAUUGCCAGCAUGCCAUCUCUUACAACUGUUGCCCCAGUGCCAAUGGCAUCUAUUCCAGUAGUAGGAAUGUCUCCACCAUUAGUAUCUUCUGUUCCUGCAGCAGCAGUACCUCCCCUGGCUAAUGGAGCUCCUGCUGUUAUACAGCCUCUGCCUGCUUUUGCUCAUCCUGCCACAUUGCCAAAGAGUUCAUCCUUUAGUAGAUCUGGUCCAGGAUCGCAGCUAAACGCAAAACUGCAAAAGGCACAAUCGUUUGAUGUGGCUAGUGUGCCUCCUGUGGCAGAGUGGGCUGUACCUCAGUCAUCAAGGCUGAAGUACAGACAGCUGUUCAAUAGCCACGAUAAAACAAUGAGUGGACAUUUAACAGGUCCACAAGCAAGAACUAUUCUUAUGCAGUCAAGUUUACCCCAGGCUCAGCUGGCAACAAUAUGGAAUCUUUCAGAUAUCGAUCAAGAUGGAAAACUUACAGCAGAAGAGUUUAUUCUGGCUAUGCAUUUAAUUGACGUAGCCAUGUCUGGUCAGCCACUGCCACCUGUACUGCCUCCAGAGUAUAUUCCACCUUCAUUUAGAAGAGUACGCUCUGGUAGUGGCAUAUCUGCUGGAAGUUCAGUAUCUGUAGACCAAAGGUUACCAGAAGAACCAGCAUUAGAAGAAGAACAGCAGCAACUGGAAAAGAAAUUACCAGUUACAUUUGAAGAUAAAAAGCGUGAGAACUUUGAACGUGGCAAUCUAGAACUUGAAAAACGGAGGCAGGCUCUCCUGGAACAGCAACGCAAAGAACAAGAGCGUCUAGCACAGCUGGAACGAGCAGAGCAGGAAAGGAAAGAACGUGAGCGGCAGGAGCAAGAGCGUAAAAGACAACUGGAGCUAGAGAAACAACUGGAAAAACAACGGGAAUUGGAACGACAGAGAGAAGAGGAAAGGAGGAAAGAAAUAGAAAGAAGAGAGGCUGCAAAACGGGAGCUUGAGAGACAACGGCAACUUGAGUGGGAACGUAAUCGUCGGCAAGAACUACUAAAUCAAAGAAACAAAGAACAAGAGGACAUAGUUGUUCUGAAGGCAAAGAAGAAGACCUUAGAAUUUGAACUGGAAGCUCUAAAUGAUAAAAAAAAUCAGUUGGAAGGAAAGCUUCAGGAUAUCAGAUGUCGGCUGUCUACCCAAAGGCAAGAAAUUGAAAGCACAAAUAAAUCUAGAGAACUGAGAAUUGCAGAAAUUACCCAUUUGCAACAGCAGUUGCAGGAAUCCCAGCAGAUGCUUGGAAGAUUGAUUCCAGAAAAGCAAUUGCUUAAUGACCAGCUAAAGCAAGUUCAACAGAACAGUUUGCACAGAGAUUCUCUUCUUACUAUCAAAAGAGCCUUAGAAGCCAAGGAACUAGCACGUCAACAGCUUCGAGACCAGCUAGAUGAAGUAGAAAAAGAAACCAGAUCUAAACUUCAGGAAAUUGAUAUUUUCAAUAAUCAACUGAAGGAGCUGAGAGAAAUACAUAACAAACAGCAACUACAGAAGCAAAAGAACCUGGAAGCUGAGAGACUGAAACAGAAGGAACAAGAAAGGAAGACAGUAGAACUGGAAAAGCAAAAAGAAGCUCAAAGGCGAAUCCAGGAACGGGAUAAACAGCGGCUUGAUAGAGUCCAACCAGAAGAGGAACUUCAGUGGCAAAAAAAAAUUCAGGAAGAUGAAAAGCCAAAAAGGGAAGAAAUGACCAAGAAGAAGGAAAGUGAGGAUAAGGGGAAACAGGAAAUGCAGGAGAAACUGAGUAAGCUUUUCCAGCCACAUCAAGAGCCGGUGAAGCCAGCUGUCCAAGCCCCUUGGUCAAAUGCAGAAAAAGCUCCUCUAACGAUUUCUGCUCAGGAGGAUGUAAAAAUAGUGUAUUAUAGAGCACUGUAUCCUUUUGAAUCAAGAAGCCAUGAUGAAAUCACUAUUCAGCCUGGCGACAUAGUCAUGGUUAAAAGGGAAUGGGUGGAUGAAAGCCAGACUGGAGAACCAGGGUGGCUUGGUGGAGAAUUGAAAGGGAAAACUGGAUGGUUCCCUGCAAACUAUGCCGAGAAAAUACCUGAAAACGAAGUUCCAGCAUCUGUAAAGCCAGCAGUUGAGGCGGCUCCUGCACCUAAGGUUUCUGUGCAUGAAACCACUACGUCGCUAGGAACUCCUGCUUCUACGGAGUGUACUACAACAGCCAAUAACUGGGCAGACUUCAGUUCAACAUGGCCAACAAACACUAGUGAGAAACCAGAGACUGAUAACUGGGAUGCCUGGGCAGCUCAGCCGUCUUUGACUGUUCCCAGUGCAGGGCAGCUGCGGCAGCGAUCAGCCUUCACUCCUGCCACUGUUACAGGAUCAUCUCCCUCUCCUGUCUUGGGUCAGGGUGAAAAAGUGGAGGGGCUUCAAGCACAGGCUUUGUAUCCUUGGAGAGCGAAAAAAGACAACCAUCUUAAUUUCAACAAAAAUGAUAUAAUCACAGUUUUGGAGCAGCAAGAUAUGUGGUGGUUUGGAGAGGUUCAAGGACAAAAGGGAUGGUUUCCUAAAUCGUAUGUGAAGCUUAUUUCAGGCCCCAUUAGGAAGUCAACGAGCAUGGAUUCUGGUUCCUCAGAAAGUCCUGCUAGUCUGAAAAGAGUAGCGUCACCAGCAACAAAACCAACUAUGUCAGGGGAAGAGUAUAUUGCUAUGUAUACUUAUGAGAGUUCUGAACAAGGAGACCUAACUUUUCAACAAGGUGAUAUGAUUCUUGUGACAAAGAAAGAUGGUGACUGGUGGACAGGAACACUGGGUGAUAAAUCAGGAGUUUUCCCAUCUAAUUAUGUGAGACUCAAAGAUUCUGAGGCCCCUGGAGCAGCUGGAAAAACAGGAAGCUUAGGAAAGAAACCUGAAAUUGCCCAAGUUAUUGCCUCUUACACAGCAACGGGUCCAGAACAGCUCACUCUUGCUCCUGGUCAGCUCAUUCUUAUCAGAAAGAAGAAUCCAGGCGGCUGGUGGGAAGGAGAGCUCCAAGCACGAGGGAAAAAGCGACAGAUAGGAUGGUUCCCUGCUAAUUAUGUGAAACUUCUGAGCCCCGGUACCAGUAAAACUACACCAACCGAGCUACCUAAAUCAACAACAUUACCUUCAGUGUGCCAAGUAAUUGGCAUGUAUGACUACACUGCACAGAAUGACGAUGAGCUAGCGUUCAGUAAAGGCCAGAUUAUAAACGUCCUUAACAAGGAAGACCCAGACUGGUGGAAAGGGGAGGUGAAUGGACAAGUGGGUCUCUUUCCAUCCAACUACGUGAAGCUGACAACAGACAUGGACCCAAGCCAGCAAUGGUGUGCAGACUUGCAUCUGCUGGAUAUGUUGACACCUACCGAAAGAAAAAGGCAGGGAUACAUCCAUGAGCUUAUUGUCACGGAAGAGAACUAUGUCAAUGAUCUGCAGUUGGUCACAGAGAUCUUCCAGAAACCACUAAUGGAAUCUGAGCUGCUAACAGAAAAAGAAGUUGCUAUGAUUUUUGUUAAUUGGAAGGAGCUGAUUAUGUGCAAUAUAAAACUACUGAAGGCUUUGCGUGUGCGUAAGAAGAUGUCUGGAGAGAAGAUGCCAGUGAAAAUGAUUGGUGACAUACUGACCGCCCAGCUGCCACACAUGCAGCCGUACAUUCGGUUCUGUAGCUGCCAGCUCAACGGGGCAGCGCUCAUCCAGCAGAAGACAGACGAAGUCCCCGAGUUCAAGGAGUUUGUUAAAAGGUUAGCAAUGGAUCCUCGCUGUAAAGGAAUGCCACUAUCAAGUUUUCUACUAAAGCCUAUGCAACGGGUAACAAGAUACCCACUAAUAAUUAAAAAUAUAAUAGAAAACACUCCUGAAAACCACCCAGACCACAGUCACUUGAAGCAUGCUCUUGAGAAAGCAGAAGAAUUGUGUUCUCAAGUAAAUGAAGGAGUGCGGGAGAAGGAAAACUCAGAUAGGCUGGAGUGGAUCCAGGCUCAUGUUCAGUGCGAAGGCCUGUCAGAGCAACUUGUGUUUAAUUCUGUUACAAACUGCUUGGGACCACGCAAGUUUCUGCACAGUGGGAAACUCUAUAAAGCCAAGAGUAACAAGGAACUGUAUGGCUUUCUGUUCAACGAUUUCCUCCUCCUGACUCAGAUCAUAAAACCUCUUGGCUCUUCCGGCACGGACAAGGUCUUCAGCCCCAAGUCUAAUCUGCAAUACAAAAUGUACAAAACUCCCAUUUUUCUAAAUGAGGUACUAGUAAAAUUACCCACGGACCCUUCUGGAGACGAGCCCAUCUUCCAUAUCUCCCACAUUGAUAGAGUCUAUACACUCCGGGCCGAAAGCAUUAAUGAAAGGACUGCCUGGGUUCAGAAGAUCAAAGCUGCUUCAGAACUUUACAUCGAGACCGAGAAGAAGAAGAGGGAAAAAGCCUACUUAGUUCGCUCGCAGAGAGCGACCGGCAUCGGGAGGUUGAUGGUGAAUAUUGUUGAAGGCAUUGAACUAAAACCUUGCAGGUCCCAUGGAAAGAGUAACCCCUACUGUGAGGUGACGAUGGGCUCUCAGUGCCACAUUACCAAGACGAUACAGGACACCCUCAACCCAAAGUGGAACUCCAACUGCCAGUUCUUCAUCAAAGACCUCGAGCAGGACGUGCUCUGCAUUACGGUGUUUGAGAGGGACCAGUUCUCCCCAGACGACUUUUUGGGCAGAACAGAGAUCCGUGUGGCGGACAUUAAGAAGGAUCAGGGUUCAAAGGGACCAGUAACAAAGUGUCUCCUGCUGCAUGAAGUCCCAACAGGAGAGAUAGUCGUCCGACUAGACCUGCAGUUGUUCGAUGAGCCUUAGAAGGAGAGGGACCGAUGUUUUAAUUCAGUCUGAGUUCACUGCGAUAGGUGUCUGCAGAAGCUGUCACAAAAUCCUUCCUGGUGUGGUAUGAAACUACUGCUUGCCCUUCACACGUAAGAGGGUUAUCAACGCAAACAGGAGCAUCUUUGUGCCUUGAUAAUCCUCACUGAAAAAAUGAAUCCCAGGUUAGUGAGGAGAUCUCCCUCGGUUUCUCUAUGUGGAACUUGACGUUAGUGUCCUGGGUUUAUGGAAUAACCUAGUCGUUCGUUGUGCUCCGGUCUGAAAAGCCGGCAAACCGCACAGGUCGCCGUGCUUGCUCCAGUUACCCUACUCUUUAAUUUACACGAAGAAGGGAACGUGGGUAUGUUUUGGAGGCUUUCUGCAGGGUUUUCCCCCUUAAGGAAUUCUGUGCCUAUUGCUCAGCGAAGCGGUGUGCAAGUGUAACGUGAAUGGAAGGAGCAGUUACACGGUAAGAUCGUCCUGGAAGAUCUUCACGGUGGUACUGAAAAGACUUAGAAAAUAAAUAGCCUAUAUCUAUA